UGGACCCUGACUACAUCAAGGAAUCAAAACUUUGGCGACAUGAUGGCCGUGAAUGGUGUCGUCCACGGUGUCGCCAUGAUUUUUUCAUCCUUCGAAUCUAUACUCGCGGCUUCAUGAUCAAAUCUUUUGGCUACGACGAUGCGAUGAUGAUCCUCGCCUGGGCUUUCCUCUUCUGCGGCGGUAUAGUAGCACAGAUUUACGCCGGAAAUAACGGCGCCCUCGGGCGCCACAAGGACGCGGUGAUGGCCACCGAUCCUUCCUUGAUGGAAGUGUACGGCAAGAUGUCUUUCGUCCAAGGCAUCUGCGUGACAGUGACGGCCAACUGCCUGCUGAAGCUUUCCAUCGGCAUGUCCCUCUUACGCCUCAACUCCAACAAAUGGUACAAACGGAUUGUUUGGAGCCUUGUUCUCUUUGUGAUCUGUUACUUCAUCGAGGGCAUAGUCACCGUCAUGGCGUACUGCGAUUCGCUCGAGGCGCAUUGGGACCCCAAGGUGAAGGAGACAGCAAAGUGCUACUCGGAGGACCUGCGCAACACCUUGGGAACCAUAAACACCGCAUUCAAUGUUUUUACCGACGUCAUAUUCGCCAGUGUGCCAGUGCCCAUGCUGUGGACUCUUCAGACCAAGCUCAACGUGCGCCUCUAUCUGAUCGGUAUUUUCAGCUUGGGUUAUCUUACCGUCGCCGUCGGCUUGGUCAAGAUGUUCUACCAGCUUACAGGCCGUAACGACCCAGACAAAACGUUCAACAACAGAGUCCAAUUCUACGGACUUCUUCAACUCAACGUCGGCCUUCUCACCGCGUGCGCCCCGAUGAUCAAGCCCCUUGUCGCGAAAACACUCGGAAUUCAUUCCUCGUCCGCCGUCUCCACGGCGCCAGUCUACGCCAGCAGUAGGAACAGACAGAGGCCCAACCCAGCGGGCUACGUCCGCGAGGACGGCGACCACGGCUUCGAGCUCGCCAAGUACGACGACGGGCAGUAUCACACCACCACGGUCAGAGGAGGAGGCGGCAGCGAUUCCAACAGUGAGACGCAUAUUCUUCCGGAGGGGUUGGGGUCAAAAGGCGUGAUGAAAACUACUCAAGUCAUCAUAAACCGUGAUCAAGAAAGGAGGACAAGCUCGCGCAAACGGCGCUUCCUCUUCGGCAAGGACAGAUUUAUGAUAAUAUACGAGCCGCGAGUGGAUGUGAUUUCUUGUACCAACAGCGUUGGGAGGAUAUGAUGGACUCCAAUAAAAGACCGAUCGAAUUCAUACAACUAUACUUAGGCGUAAGAGGUCGCAAAGCAGGCAUGACGUCCAGUACUUUGUUGACUUCAUAUGGCCCAGACACACAUAUCCAGACAUGUCCUUAGUGUGUAAAGAAGAAAG